AUGAAUAUCUUUCGAUUAUUAGGGGAUUUUUCCCAUUUGGGAGCAAUCAUUAUUUUAUUAUUAAAAAUUUGGAAAACACGGUCAUGUGCUGGUGUUUCGGGCAAGAGUGUUUUACUCUAUGCCAUUGUCUUCACAUGUCGUUAUCUUGACCUAUUUACUCAUUUUGUUAGUUUGUAUAAUUCGGUUAUGAAAAUAAUUUAUCUCGUUUCAACGUAUUUUACACUGUUUUUGAUUUAUCGAAAAUUCAAAGCAACUUACGAUCGUAAUCAUGACACAUUUCGUAUUGAGUUUUUAAUCUUACCUUCAGCUGUACUUGCUCUCUUAUGGAAUCAUGAAUAUUCCGUAUUGGAAAUUCUCUGGACAUUUUCGAUCUAUUUGGAAUCAGUAGCUGUUCUUCCACAGUUAUUUAUGGUUAGUAAAACAGGUGAAGCCGAGACGAUUACAAGUCAUUAUUUGUUCGCAUUGGGUAUCUAUCGAUUUCUCUACAUUCUCAAUUGGAUCUAUCGGUACUACACGGAAAACUUCAUCGAUUGGAUAUCCGUCGUCGCAGGUGUUGUUCAGACAGUUCUUUAUUGUGACUUUUUCUAUCUUUACAUAACCAAAGUUUUGAAAGGAAAGAAAUUGUCUUUACCUGCUUAA